AUGGCCGACUCGGACCAUUCCCCUUCUGCUACAGCUUCGGCGAACAAGUUCACUGCUGCGCAACGCAUCGCUGAGCUAAACGAGAUCGACCAAUCUGUAUCAGGACUCCUUGCCUCUGCGGCCGAAGCAAUUGGCGUCCUAGCCAACAAAAGAGACGAGAACACACCUUUUGCGACCUUUGAGGCACAACAGGAUAAAUUCGCCCGAGCGGCCGAUGCCUACUUCUCAGCCUUAUCGUUCAUUGAAGUGAGGCUGAAGAGACAAGUGUAUGCAUUAGAGGAAGCGGGUCUCAUCCAAGAAGGCCAGGAUAAGGAUGCCAAGCGAGCGAAGACGAACGAGGGGGGUUUUGAUCCUGCUAAUGGCGGAGGACCCCUCGACCCAAGCUGGUUGAACGCACGCGCUGAUGACAGUGUGGAAUUCAAAAUGGAAAGAGAGCUCCUCGACCAAGCGAAGUCUUUCCUCGAGACUAAGAGAAAUGAAAGGGACGCAGGGGACCAGCCCUCAUGA